AUGGGAGAUCGAGGUAAAAGUGGAUUAUUUGCUGUACUUCCUCUGCCAAUUCAUGCCACCAUCAAAGAGAAGAACAGAGCCUUAAUUCCUCAUACACUAACAAAGAAGCCAGCUCCACAAGCUUUCAAUGUAAUGUCGAGCUCGCACCCAAAGGAGGCUGUUGGUCCCCCCAAACCAGAAAAACAUGACAGUGAUAGUGAGGGGGAGGACCAACCUUCAAGUUUUUUUUCUCUGAGUUCCGAGGACAGUAAAAAACCCUUUGUGUCUGGAUUUUUAAUGAAGAAAAUGUCCCUUCCUCCUCCAAUUUCAGCUAAUGAUAAUCAGAGUCAAAGCUUUAUUUCUAGGACCACAUGUCCUGCAGUUAAUAUGACAUUAAACACUGGAGAACCUUCAUUGUUCAGCGAGACUGCUGAUUUCCAAAAUGCUCCCAUGAUGUUCAAAGAAUCUGCCCAAGAUGGGUUUCAUUCUCCUUUUUCUGGAUCAACUUCUAUAGACACUCCUACUACAAAACAGUUUGAGGUGAAGGAGAUUUUAUAUUAA